AAUAUGUUUUAUUUGUUUUCCAUUUACUAUUGUUUCAGUUUUAGUGCAGUGGCAUUGGGAUUAGUGUAUUUUUAUGGUGUUGGGAAGCUGACUGGUUCAAAUUUGUAGUGAUUUGUAGUAAUUUUGUAGUGACAUGACACAAUGCAUAAUUGAAUAUUUGAUUAAAUACACAUUGCAUGUCACUUCUGUCUUUUGGAGCAAAUGCACAACACCGAGGUCAAAUGUUGUCCAAUUAACAUGUAUGUUGGACGAAGCUGCGCUACAAUCGUAUUAUAGGCCUAUUGGUUCAACUUUACAAAAACCAGACAGGUGUGAUUUCAGUUGGAAGAUGCAUUUGCAUUUAAAAGAAAACACUUUUAGUCAGACUGAAAUUUAAAAAGUCAGUCCUUCAUUUAUCCAAUAUUUGAGCCAUGUUCAGAGUGCUAUUGCUCCAGGACCAGAUGAUUGUCACAAACAUUUACCUAUACUUUUUAACACCUACUGAGUCACCAAGAAACCACGGAGCAGGAAUGUUCUCAUUAGACGUGAAGGGUGUACAUGUUGACAGGUGUACAAGAGACAAAGAAACUGAGACACAAAUAGAUGGAAGGAGUAAAAGAGAGAGGCAGACUGAAAGAGACAGGGGAGGAGAGAGAGGUAGGGAAAUGAGAGCGGAAGGCACAAUAAUCAAAGGGGGUGGAAAAGGGUAAGCAUGUCGAACCAGUCAGGCGAGUUCUUAUUACAGUAUAAAUGCAUCAUAGAAAAAUGACAGACUACAAGGAGUGAGAGCUUAAAUGCACAAAGGAAGAUGGGGAGAACCUGUUCUCUCAAACUUCUAAGGGACACAGAGGUCCUCUAAGAACAAGAUAAGGAGCAGAGAGCACUGAGACCAAUUACUAGCUAUUUUUGGAUCCAGAAAGAGUGAAACAUCUGUCAGAAGAGCAACAAAUUGAAGCUAAAGUUAGCAGGUCUCCUCCACCACCCUGGAUUACAAACAAAUUUUUUUCAGCUUUUAUAACAAUGGUAGGAAAAUACAGCCCUUCUUAAUUACUUCACAAAUGCUGCCAAUCCGAGAAAAAAAGGAAUAAACAUUUUUGAUCAAGUUGCUGAAAUAUGUUAGCAACCAGCCUUCCGUUUAUACUGUAAUGAAUAUACUGUGUGACAUUCAGAGACAUUUAAAAACAUGAGUUUGCAUACUGGAACUUCUGUAUAUCAGUUUCCUGAAUCAGACACAACUGGCGACAGAACUGAAGGUGCAGAAUCAUCCAGCGGAACAGCAGCACAAAAUCAUGGUCAGUCAUCUGUAAAGACUUUUGGCUCUGCAGCUGCUAAAUUCAAAAUCCGCUCAGCUAAAUCACUUCAGCGAAAGGACCUCGGGAUGAUAAGUAACAUUUCUAAGGGAAAAGUUGAAGACUCAAGCCAGAAAUGUGAUCCUGGUAAGGACCUCAACAAAGUCUGUACUUCUUCUGCUAGUGGUAUCCAUAUUGACACUGAUGACAAAAAGACAGGUAAAAAUUUAGGUAAUUGCACUCUUAAGGACUCAGCUCUUUCCAUCAGUUCUGAGAAGGGUGAUUUGAGUGCUAAGCAGUCAAACGCUAAAGAAGAAGAGAGUCAGAAAGCAAGUGACAGGAGCAGAGGAGAUGAUAUGAGGAGAUUUUACCAGUCAAAUAAAAGCAAAAGCUUAGACUGGAGAGAAAUGAGUAGUAGAGCAGGAAAUGGGAACAGAACUGGGAUGACUAGUGGGAGCAGAGAUUUUAAUAAUUUUAUGGCGCGAUCCGAUACUUUCGAGAGAACAGAGGCAAACAACAAGACAACUUCAUACACACAAGAGAAUCAACCCAGUAGUGUUUCAUGGAGGAUUCAGGCUUACAGUGGAGCCAAUCAGAACGCUGACAGAAAGGUUUACCCAAUCUCUGGAUCUACAUCUGUGAGAAUGAACCGUGUAAAUUUUGCUCUGGAUCAGGCAAGCAGUGGCCAGUCACUUCCGGUCAGAUUGAAGCCAAGACUUAGCCAAGGUAGUAUCGGAGAAGGUAGCAGUCUCUGGGCACAGCAACAAGGUGAAUCAAGUCUUGAUCAGACAGACAACAGAAUGGAAUCCUGGGCCAGAGAGCAAGGACCUUCCAAUACUGAGGAAGUAACUGGAAACCAAACAAUAACGGAAAGAAUUAAGAAACUGUUUGGGGCAGAUGCCAAAUCUGAUGCACACUCAAAAAAUUCAAUCGGAUUAAAACGCAACAAUACUCUAACUUCUGAUAAAUCAUUUCCUAAAUUAAUGGACACUGUGGACUCUACUCCAAGUCAGAGAAAAUACACUACUGACUCUGUGUUUGGAACUUCUUCAAAAUUUUCUGACAGCCAACAGGGGAAACCUUCUUUCAAUGUAGAAAAAUCUAGAUCAUUGCCAAGAGGAUUUCCAAAAACAUACCUUGUUCCGAAGCAAGAACCCUCUACCAACAGGGAGAACAAAACUGACCAAAGGGACAAUUCCUCUGGAUUAAGUUUUUCAAUGUCACCAAAGCCUAAAUGGAGUGCAGAAAUGUCCUCUAUUAAAAAAGUUGAGUCACUUCUGCCUGAAGACAAUGAAGAGACAAGCAGAAGGGGGUCUCCAGAGUACUGUAGUCAGUCCUUAGAAAGGAAAGUCAAACAAUCAGAUAAAGAGAGUGCAAAAAGACUGGACAUAAAUCAAUACAAGUAUCUUAGUGGUUUGCAAGAUGGGAUCACCCAACCCAAGUACCCACUAGCCUCAAAAGGUGCAGCACACAAUGAAAUCCAUAAAGAGGAAGAGAAAGAGGAAGUUUUCACAGGUAAAACUGAAGGAAGGAGAGAAGAAGGUGUGCUAGAAAAAAAUCGUGUACCAUCCUUUGAUUCAGUGAAGAAUACAAUCAGCAUGUUUGAAUCUUUGGCUCAACAAAGCAAAAGCACACCAGAGAUUCUUCUUACCAGGAGGACCUUAUCUGUACCAGAGCAUCCCAAACCUGUGGCUCUUAUAAGGAAGAGUGGUUCAGAUAAAAAUCUACAUUUUCGAAGGGUUGUGGGGAAUACAGAAAGCCUAAGAACAAAUUUCUUUAACAAAAGUUAUUCUAAUGAGGAGCCUGAAGGGACUCUAGAUACAAGUAGAACUCCUCAUUCCAAUUCCAUAGUCAAAGUAAGACCAACAUUAGAACGUCAGGAGACUUACAAAAAGAGUGUUGAGCUUGCACCAGCAUUCAAACAAAUGAAUGACUCAAGAACUGACCAAGUUAUCAACAUGAGGGAUGAAGAUAAAUCGACAACAUUGAGUAAAAAACAAACAGAUGAACCAGAUUCUGCCAUCACUUCAACCUCAGGGCUCAGAAACAAAGGGGCAAUGGAAGAAAAAGCAGGAGUCCCAUCAAUCUCCCAACAGUCAGAUGUCAAAAAUGUAUUAAAGCAACAGACAAUUAAUGUAAAAAUAGUUGAUGAUGAUGAUGAUGAUGAUGAUGAUGGUGUAGAAAACACACCGACUAACUCUCCUGAUAGAGCCCCUCUUACAGUUAGCAUUCAGAAUCAGAUUAGCCCUGAAGCCACACCAGUCAAUGGUACCCAUCCCAAAGUGCUCCCCAAUCUUUCUCAAAGCUUUACUCCUGUCCAAACAACCUAUUCCUUACUCAACAAUUCGAACAAUAACAACUAUGAAACAAGGAAUGAUUGCACCAUAUUGACUACUAGCAAGGCUAGGUGGAGCUCUGAUGAAGAAGACGAUGAUGAGGAGGAAACUGAAACUGAUGAAGACUCUGACUCAGGAGAGUCAUCCGUGACCAUCACAAGCAACAUGAGCCAAUCAGAACGCAGAAGUUUUUCUCUAAGUCUUGUGGACCUAUGUAAUUAUGGUGGGGUGGACUAUAAACCAUCAGAUGGCAGUUUUUUAGAGGAUUGUGAAGAUUUGCCAUCCACACGCUCUGCGUCCUUGAGCUCAGACAUCUCAGCCUUCUCUUCUGUGACUCUGUUGAGCACUGAUGAACUGGAUCGCUUACUGGACGAUGUCAGGGGCUUGGGAGAUGACACCCUGCAGAAGUAUGAAGACGUGCAAGUGAUUGUGUUACACAAGGAGGUGGGGAGUGGCUUAGGAUUUACCUUGGCAGGUGGAGUGGAUCAGAAUAAACCAGUCACAGUCCACAGAGUAAUUCCAGGUGGAGUAGCAGAACAAGAAGGCUCUAUCUUCGAGGGUGCUCGGGUGCUGUCCAUCAAUGGCACCGCCUUGCAAAACUCUGCCCACUGGGAGGCUCUGCGUACAUUGAGAAAAGCUAGGGGGCAGGGCAUGGCAGUGGUUGUACUUCAGAGCGUUAACAGCAGAAAAGAGGCCACUGAAAGACCAGGAAUCACAGGCAGGAGAGUCCGUGUGACUCUGAAAAAGUCCAGCUCUGAUCUUGGCUUUAGUCUGGAAGGAGGGGUGGGCUCCAGCUCAGGAGACAAACCCCUCACUGUACAAAAAAUAUUUCGUGGUGGACCAGUCAGUGAAGUGUUUCCUGGGGAUGAGUUGUUGGAGGUGCAAGGUCAGAGUUUGGCGGGUAUGAUGCGGCUUGAGGCUUGGAACCUCAUAAAGAAACUGCCCUCUGGUCCAGUGGAGGUCUUACUACACCGUCCUCACCAGCCACGCUGAAGACCUUUAUUUCCUUCUUGCACCUUACUUCUUAAAGCGCUUUGCAAUUCAGUCAUAAUUUAAAUACACUGGUAUAGUUUUUUUCCUCUAAGAAUUAGCUGUUACAGGUUCUGUGAAGUUGUAUUUUUGCAAAUGUUAAGUUCUGCAAUUAUGAAGUAUCUGUUAUCAUAGUGUUUUCAAGUAUUCUUUUUUUUUUUUUUUUUUUUUUUUAAGAUAACUAUGAAUUAAUAAUGCCAAAAUUAAGGGCAUAAAAGCACUGGAGGCCUGGAGGUCAUUCUUAAAUAUUACUUAUUUUAAAUGUUUAUGCACUCACAUUAUGCAACUAUUAUAUUGUACAAUCAGUCUUUAUCAGAAGCCAUUAUAUAUAUUUUUUAGUUUUUUAUGCUACAUGUAUAUGUUGUCUGUACGGCACAGAUCCGUCCCAAUUAAACUUUUGUAAUAUUAAAGACAAAAGCAGAAACUA